GGAACAUGCUGCUUGGACCUGUACAGGUGGGUUUUACGGUACUGGGUUCUACCUGUUCGAACCAGUAGAUGUUACUUCUACCUACGCAGGUGCAGAGCAGGCUUUUAUUGUGACAGGUCACACCGGAAGCGGCUCUUGGUGCCUGGAGCUUCUGAGCGCUGUGAACGGAAGUUGCCGCAGAUCAGAAGUUCUGAAGUUGGUCAGUCCGGAGAGUUAUUGGGCUGGUUCUGAUGUGACCCGGUCCGGCUCGGUUCGGUCAGAAACAUGUCAGAGGGAGACCCGCGGACUUACUUCCUGUUCCAGCUGCCCUCCUCGGUCCACUGCGAAUUCUGCCGGGUCAUGGAUGGACUGCUGGACCUGGACUGGACCCGGUUCGCCUCGGAGAUCCUCAGAGACCAGACGGCGGUGCGCCUGGCCUACCGGAGGGAGCAGCGGACCGACUGGGUCAUGAACAACUGGGGCAACAGGAACGGCCGAGUCGGGGAGUUGGUUGACCUUCUGGAGUCUCUGCAGCUUUUCAGACCGCGGGACAUCAUCCUGAGCUGGAUGCAGAACCUGAGUUGUCCUCCUCCCCUUCCUCCCGCUCUUCCUCCUCCUCCGUACGAACCGUCGGCAGCUCAGUCCACAGCUGAGUGUCCAGACAGGAAGCCGCUGCCUGGCCCGGCCCCGCCCCCUAUCAACCUGUUCUCUGAGAACCAUCGCCCCCCCCCCAGGCUCCCCGCCGCUACUGAUGAUGUCAUGCCUCCAUCUCCAUCGCCAUGCGGCGCCAUCACCACCAUCAUCUGCUGGACAUAUGAAGAGGUGCAUGCUGGGACGCGAGGCUUCUCCCCCAGCCUUCAGGUUGGCGAGGGCGGCUUCGGCGUUGUUUACCGAGCGACGCUCAGCAACAUGGACUGCGCCGUCAAGAGACUCCGACAGGACGGCCAGAUGGACUGGACUCUCCUCAGGAAAAGCUUCCAGACUGAAGUGGAGAACCUGUCCAAGUUCAGACAUCCCAACAUCGUAGACCUGCUGGGCUUCAGUGAAGGAGAGGGAGGACUGAUGUGUCUGAUCUACAGCUACAUGCAGAACCGCUCCCUGGAGGACCAGCUGCAGAACGUAACUCGCCUUCACGCUGCCUCCAUGUUGCCCUCGGUGUGGAUGCAGGGCGACUGUGCUUUUAUGGUGAUGUGGACAAAAACGGCAUGUUUUGAUUGGGUGACUGUGAGAGUAGUAGUGAGCUGUCAGGAUGCUCUGUGUGUUCCUGUGGUAGCAAUGUUUGUUCUACUCCAGGUGUGUUUCCAUCUGGUCCAGUCGUAUGCUUGUAUCUUCCAGGCGCUGGGUCUCUCGUGGCCCGACCGGGUCAGCAUCAUUGAAGGAGCGGCAGCAGCUCUUCAGUUCCUGCACCGCCCGCCGUCGCGUCAGGAGCCGCUGAUCCAUGGAGACGUCAAGAGUUCUAACAUCCUGUUGGACCAGCAUCUGGUACCAAAGCUUUCGGACUUCGGUCUGGCCCGGUACGUACCGCAGAACUCGGCCGGCUGCUCGACGCAGACGGCUUCCGUCGGCAAAACCACGACAGUGAGAGGAACGCUGGCCUAUCUGCCCGACGAGUACGUGAGGAGAGGAGAGCUGUGCACAGCGGUGGACGUCUACAGCUACGGAGUGGUGCUGCUUGAGGUUCUGACGGGCCGCCGAGCUCUGGAGCAGGACGAGAGGACAGGAGACCGAUUCCUGAGGGACCUUGUGGAGGAAGUUGAUGACGGUAAAAAAGGUUCAGCCCCAGAUGCCUGGAGGAGACACCUGGAUCAACGGCUGACUGCAGGGGGCGCCGCUGAGCCUGAAGGGUACCUGCAGGUGGCAGCGUUGGCCAGAAAGUGUCUGAACAGGCAGAGGAAGAAGAGACCUGCAAUGACUGAGGUCUUCUGCCACCUGAAGGACCUCUGCUGCGUUGUGAGGAAGAACUCCUCCUCUUCCUCGGCGCCCCGGCUCCCCCAGCAGCCCUACCAUUCCUUCCCCAAACCCCCCCGCUCCCUGGACUCCUGUGUUAAAGCCAUCUCUCAGCAGCUGUCCAGACUGGGACCAUCAGAACAGACCUGCCCUUCCUCCCAGUACGACUCUUCCUCCUCCUCUUCUUCCUCGUCGUUUGGGGCCCUCGCCCCGCCUCACCCGCUGCAGUCCUGUCUCGGUUCUGUCUCCCCCUCGUCUUCCCCUUGCCCCUCGCUCGCUGGCCCAUGCGAAACUGACGAGAGCCGGGGGUUCUCUCAGUACGACUUUCAGUUCCGGUCCAACGGAACCAGCUGCAGGACCCAGAGCCAGAACCCAGCUGGGUCUGCAGAGUCCCAGCUGACCCAGCCCUCUGUUCCCACCGAGGACCUGUACAACUUCCCAUCCUCUCCCAGCAGCGGCGCCGGACCGGCGGCGGCUGGGUUUUCCCCGGCGCGGUCGUUGCAGUCCACCACAGCCGGACUCUCAGUUCUUGUGAAUCCCAGCAAACAGCGACUGUUGGAGCAGAAGAGUCGGUACGAAGCGGGUUGGAUCAGAACCCCAGAACUGCUGUCCUUGGACGACCUCUACGGAGGGAGGAGCGCUGCAGAUCUCCGAGGACCGGAGGAGAGCGAUGAGCUGGAGUAUCUUCCCUCCGGUCGCUCCUGACGGUUUCCUGAAGCCGGGAACGCUUCGACGUUCCGACUCAUUAAUCCCAAACUGUCGUCUGCACCAGAGGCGGUCCAGGAACGCCGAGGUUCUGUCGCCUUCUGGACCCGAAACACUUGUUUAGUCAGACAUUAGGAAUCUGUCCUGAUCCACUCAGACAGAACCGGGGUUCUCCCGCAGAAUGCUUGGAUCCGCUCAGAUUGAUCUGAUCAGCCAUAUUUAAUAAUGUUUGUGGAACUUUAUGGUUUCAUAAUGAUAAGUAAAAACAGACACAUUGAGGAAGGCGUGUUUGAUUUGUGUCUGAAACCGGGACAAACCUGAAGAGCCGGAGAGAAUCGCAGAAACACAAACUGGAUCAGCUGCUCACACAGAACCAGAACCAGGCCACCAGUUCAUACCAGUUCACUGAGUCACAACCUGAACCAGUUUGUGUUCCUGAAGAAGAACUGUUCCUCUGAACAGUUCACCGGUUCUGGUUCGGUGUUAUUGUGCAUCACUUUGCUGGUCCAGUUCUCGGUCUCCAUGGUAACUGAUCCACCUGAGUGAAGUUGGCCCCCCCACCUUCUUCAAAUUAGACAAAAUUGGUGUCAAUCAACUCGGCUACGUUU